CAAUAAAGACAAGUGCUUAUGUCAUGAAUAUUGUACAUAUAUAAAUGGCACCGUAACAGUACUGUUACUACAGUACUGAUAAUACAUAUUUGCAAGUACAAUACUUCUUUUAUAGUUAUUGUGUUAAGUUUUUGAAAAUGUUUCGAAUGUGUCACAUUUUUAGAAAUCGAAGGUUAGGGCAGUUCUUGCAUUAAUAUUUGACGUGUCAGUGCAAUUGCAAAUGGCGGGCACCAAUGGUGACAUUUCCUUGGUAGGAAAGAAGAUUGAAAAAUUGGCGAUUUCCGCGGACAAUUCGACAAAGAAUGAGAUUGAUACAGAAAGUGGAAAGAACAUGGAACCCCGUUUGUGGGGUUUCGAAACUAGGGAACUGUACAAAAUUGCGGUCAAUUUUUACAAAGAAAAGGAAGGUAAAGCUGUCCAUUUGUCCUAUGAAGAUAAAUUGAAGUUGGUGGCUUUUACGCAACAAGUAACGCAUGGCAAGUGUACAGCAGAAAAUGCACCACCUUUGGGUGUGUUGGAUGUAAUAGGAAAAAAUAGACGCUUGGCAUGGCAAAAUUUAGGAGAUAUAUCCAAGGAACAAGCAAUGGAAGGAUUUAUAAUUUUGUUGGACAAGCUAUGUCCUUUGUUUCGAACAGUUGUGGAAGCACAAAAGAGAGAUAUCGAAGAGAAAUUACGGUUAAGAAAGGAAGAGGAAGCAAGACUAUUAGAAGAAGAAAGAAGGUUAAAAGAAUUAGAAGAACUAAAGAAGAAAGAAGAUGAAGCUAGAUUAAAAGAAGAAAUACAAAGGAGACAAAUUCAAGAUGCCUUAAAUCAACAAACAUAUUUUCAGUUUAAAAUGUAUGCAGAGCAACAGUAUCCUGGAAAUCCAGAGCAACAGGGUGUUCUAAUAAGGCAAUUGCAAGAACAACAUUAUCAUCAGUAUAUGCAACAAUUGCGUCAAAAUCAGUUAGUUAUAGAAGAUCAAACUCCAGAAAUAAGCAAUACCACGAUAGAAAAUACUCAAAAGGAGGAGCAUACAGAGACCAAUGAAACAGCUCCAUUGAAUGAAGAAGAUUCUGAUGAACUACAGGAUGAUUGUCCACCUAUAGCUCGAGCAGAGAUGUGGACUAGGAAGGGUGUAGAAGAAUUCAAAGAUACAAUUAGAAGAGAAGAUGGUGAUGCAGUUAUUAAAGUAGGACAUGGAGAAACAGUAACUGUUAGGGUGCCAACACACGAAGAUGGCUCUUGUUUAUUUUGGGAAUUUGCAACAGAUGGCUAUGAUAUUGGUUUUGGAGUCUAUUUUGAAUGGUCAAAACCAGAAACUAAUCAAGUAUCCGUACAUAUUAGUGAAUCUGAGGAUGAGGAUGAAGAGGAUGAUGAUUAUGAAACACGAGAGGAUUUAGAAAGUGGUGUGACAAAUGGUACAAUUCAAUCUGACUAUAAACCAUCGCCACCACCUAUAAGUGUGAUAGUACCUAUUUAUAGGAGGGACUCACAAGAAGAAAUCUAUGCAGGAAGUCAUAGAUAUCCAGGACAGGGAGUGUAUCUUCUUAAAUUCGAUAAUUCAUAUUCACUUUGGCGAAGUAAAACGCUUUAUUAUCGAGUCUAUUACACACAAAAUGGCUAUGUGAAAAAUUAGCUUUAUUAAGAAAAGAAAAGCCACUGCGAUUCACUGACCGUACAAUCUUUGAGAACUAGCCUGAUGCGAUGAUAUGCUGAUAUUGCUAGUCUGACUAAACGAAGAGUCCUAUAUCUUAUUUCUGUUCACAUAAAAAAGCCGUGUUUGCAAGAAAAAAAAAAUAUACUUAUUAUAGUUAUGUAAAGACACUUUAUUGUUUAAUAUGGCAAGCAAAGUGGGCACAAAGAAAAAAAAGGUUCCUAUUGUUCCCCCUCCCAUGGAUGUUUAUAAGAAAGGAAGUAAAACGAAAAAUGAAAUGUAUAAACGUCGGUAAUAACAGUAAACCGUAUAUCGUAAUGAAUUACUUUAAUAAUCCGAUAUAUUAGUGUCGUACUCGAUUGUAUAUUAUGCCAGUAAUGUAUCGGUGAUUAUAUGCAUAAUAAUUGUUUUUUUUUGUGGUAAAGAUUUUAGUCUGUCUUUGUUAUUAUCUCGUGUCUGUAUCUUAUACUUUUAUUAAUACUGUCCCACGUUUUAGAAAAAUACAUUGAAAUCAAAAUAUUUUAGUAUUUCACUU